GUUUGGAACCGUCAAACCGGUUGUGCACUUGUCACCAUGGUUGACCUUUGUAGUGGGAAGAGUACUAGCCCCUACACCCCUGAGCAACAAGAAUAGAUGGCCGCCUUAGUGAGAGAGAACAAGGAGAGGAAGGAGCUCCUGAAACAGGCGAAGUUAAAGACGAUUGCAGAGGAGCAGGCGGCGAAGAUGAAGAGAUUGGAGGAGGAGAUGAAGAGAGUUCAACAGGAGGAGGAAGAGAGGAGAAAGGCUGCCGAAGAAGCAGCAGCAGCAGAAGAAGAAAAAGAGAGAAUGUGUAUUGAAAGUAGAGAAGGGAGUAGUGGCACGAAGAAGGACGAGGACGCAGAGAUGAAGAAAAAGAUCAGCGGGUGGAUUGCUAAUUUAUUGCUGGGGGAGGAUGAGGAGGCAGAGUUCUAUGUGCCUCAGGAUGAAAGGGAUGCGUUAGCCCAAGAGCUAGCAGCAAUGGAUGACCCCCUGGAGAGACAAGAAAGAGAGGAGGAGAAAAAGUUGGAGUGGAAGUUGAGAAUGAAGAGGGAGAAGAAGAGAAAGAGGGAUGAAGUCAACAGAUUGACCGCAGAGGUGGCAAAAAUGAAAGAUUGUAGGCAGGAGGUGGAGACUGAGGCAGACGACAAGGCCAAAUGGGAUAAGGUGUUGGGAUACCUGGAAGUGUUGAGCGCAGCCUGGAUGGAGGAGCGCCAGGCCAAUAGGAGCCAAGAGGUAGCACUGAGUGCCAUAAGGUUUAGAGAAUUCGCGCGCGAGUUGGUCACCCACGUUGGAGGAGAAGUGAGGAGAUUGAGAGACAACGUGGGGAAGUUCUGUGAGGGUGCCAUUGAGGGCGCCAAAACACAGCAACAAGAGUUGGUGACUCUCCGCCGCAUGGUGCAUGAUCACGACAGUGCUACACGGGCACUCAACGGCCGUGUCACGGACCUGGAGCAAUCUGCACCAGAUCCAGACGCAGUCGCGACCAGCAGUGCACCAUCAAACCACCCGUUGGAACAACGCAUGGACCACGUGGUGGCAAUGCUGGGUGACCUUACCACCUUCACAGCACCAGCCACCAUCAGCCAGCGGUUCGAGGAGCUGGAUGCCAAGCUCGGGCAGCAACADCAGCCAUCCGAGCACAGCAGCAGCUCGCCGAAKCYRUACAAGAUGCCRAARUUYCAGAUUGAGAGAUUCGAUGACUACAUGCAUCAGAAUCCRGUAGUCUGGUGGCAAGGAUUCUCGACGGAGUUGGGGAUUCAUCAGAUCCCCAAGGACAUGUACAUCAGCGCUCUGUUCCUCAAUGUGAAAGGAGCAUGCCAGAUCUGGUUGAGCCACAUGGCCACAAUGCACAGCGUCGACGUGGCAGAGUUGUGCAAGAAGAUCACCUGGGAAGAAAUGACAAAGGAAUGGAAGAAGCGGUUCAUCGUCGACGACGCGCCCGCACAGGCCGUCAACCGCAUCUUCACAAUGGCACAGGGCAGCAGUCUCACACGGGACUGGCUCACGGAAUGGCAGAAGAUCGUGGCGACGCCCGAUCUGGAYCUACCAUUCACGCAUCUGCGGCGUGAGUUCUUCAACAGAUCCUGUGCGGCCCUCAGCCUUGCACUUGGUGAGCGCGAACAGUACACAAGCUUUGCUGAGAUCAUCAACAAGGCUCGCGAGAUCAUCAAGACCAACAGGCCAGCUGCUCACGAGAAAUCGACAUGGUAGCCGACCUAUGUGGAGAAGGUACGAACUGGUCCGCGACAGCAGCACUUCGC